CCAGUUUUCUGCUGCGUCACGUGUUAUUUCGGAUGGGCUGUGGAAUCAAAUCCGGGUUGAAACGAAGUGACUUGAGAAAAAAUGGCCGAGAAGAAGAAAGAUAAGAGUGAGGAGGUGGUAGAGUAUCUUCUAGAUAAGAGUGAAGAGGUGGUAGACUAUGCCAAGAAACAGAGAUGGUGGAACAAAAUAUUUGGCAAGAACUCUGGGCCAGUAGCAGAGAAGUAUGAUGUUGCCACGCAGCUUGCCAUUGGUGGAGUGUCUGGCUGGUGUGCUGGGUAUUUGUUCCAGAAAGUUGGGAAGCUGGCGGCUUCAGCAGUGGGUGGAGGCUUCUUUUUGCUUCAGAUUGCCAAUCACACAGGAUACAUCAAAGUGGACUGGAAGAGAGUGGAGCGGGACGUAAACAAGGCCAAGAAGCAGCUGAAGUUGAAUACAGAAAAGCCCAGUAAGGAAGUCAGGACAAAAGUGGAUGAGGUGCAGACAUUUGUGAAGAAGAAUAUUGUCCUCACAGGAGGUUUUGCUGGGGGAUUUCUGCUGGGCUUGGCCUCCUAAGUCUACUAAUUGAAUCUGUCUUUAUUUAAUAUUGUGUCAAAUACAAGGCUGAAAAAAGCUUAAACCUAAGCAGCUAUCUAGAUAUGCAAGUAGACUACAUAUCAAUUAUAUCAUAUGUCAAACUGUAACUCAUAGCCUUGAUGUGUGUUUUUGGGCUUAUGGGCAUGUGUCCAUUUGAAAACAGCCAUUUAAAAUACUAUGUUUGUAGUUGAGGCUUAUGCAUGACCUGUGCACAUUUGGUAGGAGCAUUGUCUUACUAGUUAAUUUAUUAUGACAUUUUCCUAUGCAUUAUUUUGGUAUGGGACAGUACUUAUUUGAGAGAUGGUUUGAAAUCCACCAAAAUAGGUUUAUCUGGAUGCAUAUAAAUGUAUUCAGUCAGAUGGAACUGGCGCAAAGCCCUUUUAACUUGUUUUCCCUAAUGUGGGAUUUGUUUUGUAAUAUCCUUCAUUUUCUAAAUUGUUAAGAUCAAGGUUGUAUGUGUGUUUAUAUGUUCCUUCAAACCAAAGGGUCUCAGUUACAAGCAGAAAUACAUGUAUGAGUAAGUACUGUACAAGGGGACUAGGAGGCUGCAGUAAUGGUAUUACAGAAGUUAUAUUUUCUUACCUAAAAAUAAUUGAAAUUCCAAAGUGUAAUUCAAGGACAAUCAUGGUGUGUGCAUAUUAACCAUCCCCAACACUAGUGACUUAUUUACCAGUGGAUGAGGAUGCGUGUCAAGUACUUACUUGAGACCAAGGAGUUAGAAAGCCAGACUGGACAUCUGGCUUUAUAAAUCCCUGCUUGAGACUGAAAUCUGAGUCAUAUUUGUUUUCAAGUACAGAUUGUGUUGAUUAUAGUUGCACCAUCAAAAGCUGCCGCACAGCAUAAAAGAUUCCAGUGUACUUACAAAUGACUAUGGACAAUUUGGAAGAUAUCAAUAGCUCUUUGUAGGGAACACGUGUGAUGAGGAAAUGCACUAAUAUAAAUUCAGGUUUGCUACAAUUAUUUAUCCAAUGUUUGUUAUUCUCCUCAAUGCAACCCUUACCCAAGUACUUAGCAAAGUGUAAAAUGUGCAGUUCAAAAGCUUAAUGGGUAUUUUUUUCACUGUUUAAAAUUCAAUAUUUUGUUACAAACAAAAUGUAAAAUUCUGGGAGAAGUAAUAAAAAAGUGAACUGUC